GAUUCUUGAGUUUCUGUAGUGCUCCAAUUGGCGGAGGGCUGAGCCACGAUGCACUAUAUAACGGGAGACAAGUUUUCAUCGGAUUAUUACCCACAAAGUCAUUCGUGAGAGUAGAUAUCAAGCUUCUGACUUCUUACGGAAUAUAAUACGAAGAGAAAAAAUCGUCUUUAUAUACAAUCUGAGAAUUAUCUGCCGCAUUUUGUCGGACAAUUACUAUCUGUACGUCUUUGAAUUUAUUUUUUAUUUGAUUUGCAAGAUUUACACUAAAAGGUAUAAUGGAAGAUACGGCAACUAAUAGUGUAAAUACAACGGUUGAAAUUAACACCGAGAACGUGAAGCCUACUCCGAAAAAGGAUGCAAAAGCGAAAGCACAACGAUCGAAAUCGUCGCAUCCUCCAACCUCUAAAAUGGUUACUGCUGCUAUUAAAGAAUUAAAAGAUCGUAAAGGCUCGUCGUUGCAAGCUAUUAAAAAGUAUAUCGUUGCUACUUACAAAGUUGACGGUGAAAAAGUAGCACCGUUUAUAAAACGAUAUUUAAAGACUGCAGUAUCAUCUGGGUUUGUUGUACAAACUAAAGGAAAAGGUGCAUCAGGAUCUUUUAAACUUUCAACUGAAAUCGCCAAGCCGAAACCUCAAAGAUCUCCUAAGAAGAAAAGAGCUACGGAUAAAUCUGUAGAGAAAAAGAAUGCUGUAGCAAAUAAACCAAUCAAUAGUAACAAGAAAGCUAAAACACCGAAAAAGACUCCCGAGACUGCAAAGAAAUCUGUAGAUCAAAAGAAAGCUACUAAAGUAACGUCUCCUAAAUCUGGUGCUACUAAAGCCGGUGUUAAGACCAUUGUUAAAGCUGGUGUUAAAACUGCUGCAGCUGCUGCUAAUGCCGCUGAAAAGAAAACGACGAAAAAGACAGCGGCACAAGCCAAAACUAUAUCGAAAACAAAGAAAACUGCAAAGGCACCAGCCGCUAAAACUAAAACUCCAAAACCGAAAAAAGCUACAACCAACAAAGCUACUGUUAAGAAAUAAUUCUUCAGACAUAAAUACGGAAAUGGUCCUUUUCAGGGCCACAAAUAUUUUUUUUAAACAGGAAUAAUUUCGAUGUUUCACUUAUUUUUAUAAAAUGUUUAUUUUAUAAAUUUCUCCUUAAUUUUUAACAAUUACCAUAUCUUCGUUAAUAACAAUCAUAUUGCUGUUUAAUUUACAAUUUAAUUUCUAGGAAUAACAAUGUAUAUAUGUAAAAUAUUUGAAGCUAUAUCAUGUUUAAGAUAUAAUUUUAAAAAGUAGUUAAAUUCUUUUGCAUUAGAUUAAUGCGUAACAUGACAUGACUUGAUAAAUUUCGGUAUAAACUAAGACCUAUUAAAAAUAUAUGUAUAGUUUAUUUUUAUUCAUUUUACUUUGGUUUACGGUGGAAUUUCAAUUUAUACGUUCAAUGGAUCAAAAUUAAUUACAUUUGAACGUGAAAAAGCUAGACAAAUUACCUAUUAUUGUUCGUACAAGUUUCCUCCUUUCCUUUUCUAGUCAAUAAUAGUAUAGAUUUUGUGAGGACUGUGCUAUUAUGCUCAAUAACUCACAUGAACUCCUCAAACAUGCUCUUUCAUUAAUCCCUUUCUUUUCUUUUUUUUUCACCUUUCCCUACCUGACGAUUUACAAAUAUCCUUGAGAAAAUAUACCGUAAAUACAUCUAUAAAAACAAGAAUCGAAAAGCAAAAUUGGAGAGUAAUCCUACUAAUCCUCAAAAUGACAAAAAAUUAAUUGAACAUAAUA